GGCUGAACUCUCAUAAAAACGAAUCUUUUCUAGUUUCCAUCAUGAAAGUCCUACACAGAAAAUGCAAAUUCUGAAAAUCCUUCUACAAUCUCCUUUCUCUUUCCCGAGAAACAAGCACCCUUUUCAACCUUUUGGUCUGUAACCUGCAAUUGCUUUAUCUCUUCCAUUCUCUCUUUCUGGGUUGGACACGUGGUGGUGUCUGAACUUUGCAGGGCAGAGAGGUAACUAGAACUUCUUUUUUUCGUUGAAAGAUUUGAGAUUUCUGUAUCGAAACUGUUAAAAAUCUUAUUUUUUUAAACGUAUAACUGCACAUAUGCCUGCAAAAUAGUAUACAUUGAUGUACAAAAUGCGAGGUUCAUAGAAAGAUUCAAGAGCACCCAAGUUCACGCUUUAAAUUCACAACACAAUAGCAUUGGUAGCACCACUGGUUUUGCUAUUGGAAAUAAGCAUAAAAAUCACAAAAGAAUCAAAUUUAUUGGGUUAAAGUCUGAUAAGAACAAUUCUGUCUCUGCGGCUCAAACCCUGCUUCCGUUUGGACUGCCAACACCUGACCUGGUUGAACCAACCAUUGACCCUAAUCUCAAGCCAAUACAUUAUGUAGACGCCUUAGCUCAUGCUUUUCAACGACUAGAGACUUGUUUAGAGUCCUAUAAAUAGUUGGUAUGCAUUGAGCAGUAAGCUUACUUGCGUGGCUUAGGUGAUGCCAAUUUGUUAAGAAGGUUUGUCAGGUCUGCAAGGCAAUAUGCUAUAGAUGUGCACUCAAAGGUUGUGCUUUCAGCCUGGUUAAGGUUUGAGAGGAGAGAAGAUGAGCUUGAUGGUGUUUCAUCUAUGGAUUGUAGUGGAUUCGUACUUAACUGUCCAGUGGCUGCUUUAGUUUCUCGGUUUGAACCAAAUUCAGUUUAUGAUAAUUGCAAAUGUUGUGAGGGAUGCUCAAAGCUAAUUGAAGCAAAAAUGCGUGUGGAGAAUGACUGUUUGAGUUUGGAGGAGAAGGAUGAGGAGAAUAAAGAUUUUGCAUUUUGUAUUGGUGAUGAGGAGAUUAAUUUUAAUCGCUAUAAAGUUGCAGCACUUUCAAGUCCGUUUAAGGGAAUGUUGUAUGGUGACUUUACUGAGUCUAGAAGGGAUAAGAUUGACUUUUCACAGAGUGGGAUAUCUGUUGAGGGAAUGAGGGCUGUCAAAACAUAUAUUAGGAGUAGAAGAGUAGAUUUGUUUUGCCCAGGGAUUGUUUUGGAGCUACUUUCUUUUGCAAAUAGGUUCUGUUGUGAGGAGAUGAAAUCUUUCUGUGAUGCUCAUUUAGCUUCGCUUGUUGUUAAUAUUGAGGACGCACUGAUUCUUAUUGAAUAUGGUUUGGAGGAAAGGGCAAACCUUCUUGUAGCUUCUUGCUUGCAGGUGUUGCUAAGAGAGCUCCCAAGCUCUUUGUAUAAUCCUAAAGUGCUCAAAAUAUUUUAUGGUCCCGAUGCUAGGGAGAGAUUGGCAAUGUGGGGCAUGCUUCUUUCUUAUUGUAUUAUUUCCUUAGCCAGGUGGCUAUGGAACAGAACAUGAUUUCGCUAACAACAGUUAUCUUGUUGAAAAGGAUAGAGGAAUGUGCAACUGAACAGUGGCAAAGAAUGCUGGCUUUGCAUCAAUUGGGUUGUGUGAUGCUUGAGAGAAAGGAGUACCAGGAUGCCCAGUGUUAUUUUAAGGCAGCCGCCGAGGUGGGUCAUUUUUAUUCGUUGGCUGGACUUGCUAGAACCAAGUACCGGCAAGGGCAACGGUUCUCAGCCUGGAAGUUGAUGCAUUCUCUUAUCUCUGAGCAUGGACCAACGGGAUGGAUGUACCAAGAGAGGUCUUUGUAUAAUCUUGGAAGGGAGAAGAUUUUAGAUUUGGACACUGCAACUGAAUUGGAUCCCAUCUUUUCAUUUCCGUAUAAAUACAGAGCAGUUGCAAAGGCAGAAGAGAGGCAAGUUAGGGCUGCUAUCGCAGAGAUCAACAGAAUCAUUAGGUUCAAGCUCUCAGCAGACUGUCUUGAAUUGCGAGCUUUUUGUUCUUCCUUGUGCUUGAGGAUUAUGAAAGUGCUCUUAGAGACAUUCUAGCACUAUUAACUUUAGAGCCCAACUACAUGAUGUUUCAUCGCAGGGUGAAUGGAGAUCACAUAGUUGACCUUCUCAGCCAUCAGGUUCAGCAGUGGAGUCUAGCUGAUUGCUGGAUGCAACUUUAUGAUAGAUGGUCUUCUGUAGAUGAUAUCGGUUCUCUGGCUGCCAUACAUCAGAUGCUAGUACAUGACCCUGGAAAAAGCUUCCUACGAUUUCGGCAGUCUUUGCUUCUACUAAGGUUAAAUUGUUAGAAGACUGCAAUUCGCUGUUUACAGUUGGCAAGAAAUCAUUCCACAUCUGAACAUGAAAGAUUGAUUUAUGAAGGUUGGAUUUUAUAUGACACUGGCCAUCGAGUAGAAGCUCUCUCUAGGGCUGAGAAGUCUAUUGUACUUGAAAGGUCUUUUGAAGCCAUUUUCCUUAAAGCAUACAUACUGGCAGAUACAAGUGCCGAUCCUGAAUGUUCAACCUCUGUUAUCCAACUAUUAGAAGAAGCUCUCAGGUGUCCUUCAGAUGGUCUCCGGAAAGGACAAGUGGGUUCUGAAUGUACCAAAACCUAUAUCAUUUGGCCAUGCAUGCCUUGAAAUAUCUGUUUGACAAUAUUUAUUAUUUUCCGCAGGCACUGAAUAAUUUAGGGAGUAUUUAUGUAGAUUGUGGCAAGCUAGAUCUGGCCGCAAGUUCCUACAUAAAUGCUCUUAACAUCAAGCAUACAAGAGCCCAUCAAGGGUUAGCACGUGUAUGUUAUUUGAAAAAUCAACAAAAAGCUGCCUAUGAUGAGAUGACUAAGCUGAUAGAGAAGGCUCAUAAUAGUGCAUCAGCAUAUGAAAAAGGAUCAGAAUAGUGUGAGCGUGAGACGGCAAUAGAUGAUCUUGAAAUGGCAACACAGCUGGAUCCACUCAGGACAUAACCUUACAGAUGUAGGGCAGCUGGUAAUUUUAUGCACCAAUAUUUGCGUUUUGAUUCUAAGUGGAAGUCUACUUUUUUAUCCUUUUUCAAGUAGGUAUGACUUCUUAUAUACAAGUACUAGAUGCUCUGCAUAACAUAAAUACUUCAUUGCAUGCUCUAAUGAUCAUAGGUAAUGAGGAUUAAUAAUUUCUAGGUUCUUCUCUUGAUAUACUGUUAGAACUCAUAUAUACAUUUCCCGCAAGAAAAGAGGAAGUAAAAAAGAGAAGACUCUUAGCUCUUGUAAAGGGGACUAGGAGACCAUUGCUCUAAUGCAAAAUCAGCCACAAAAAAUAGGGAGACGUGGCAAAACAAAGGAAAAAGAAAAAGAAGUAGCUGUGAAAAAAUUUUAAAAAGGGAGCAGGUGCUACAGAAGAAAUAUAGGUGCAACACUGGAGGAAAGUGGGGAGAAAGUGGUUCUCUAGGAAGCUGAGCUUAUACAGUGAGGACUCAACUGAGUUUUCGUGGAUCUCUUUUUAUGACUAAUCUGUUACUAGAAUUGUAAUUUGUUAGGGAAAGGGUCUACGUGAGAAAGAAAGGAAGGAAAGAAACUGGACAAGGGAGAACAACUGGCCAAGUGGAAGAGUUGACUAGGAGCAGAAAGAAUCUGGAGGGGCAGGCAGCAGACACGCACUUUAGGAGACAAGCAACAGACAAUCUAAAUGAGUCAGUACCCAUGCUAUCAGAAAUUAGGACCACUGAAAUAUUAGAUGCUGAGGUGGCAACUAGGGAAGAGGCAGAUGGCUACAAAAGGAUGAAUGAAAUAGAGAAAGAGGGGAGAGAUCAGAAAGAAGAAAAGCAUUAGUGAGGGAGAGACCCAGCCUCUCGAAAGCUGGAAAACGGUCCUAGAGUCCUGUUUUGCUUAUUGUGUGUUAUUUUGUGAAAGGAGAAUUGUACUCAGCUUAUCAUUUGAUUCCGGGAAUAUUUGGAUGAAAUAUAAAAUUAUUUUGCUAUUUCAUUGAUAUAA